AAUCGAUCGCGGUUGCGCAGAAUUGCCGAAAUAUUCCAAAAGCCUGCAUAAAGUUAUCGCAUCUUGCUCUCGCGUGACCACAAACGAAAGUCUGUAUACAUUCGAAACCAAUCAAAGCUUUCAAACCCAACAUAAAAAAUUCUUAUCAAAAUAUAGUAUCCUACCAUAAUUAUCCCCUCUUACGUUUUACAUAUUCGUAGACAAUCACUAUAGCAAAGGUCAGUCGGCAAAGAAACAACGUUCGAGGCGGAUAAGUUUUACCCUGCUUCUAUUCCUUGACAAGUAUCUAACCGGAAAAAAGUGUGUCAAAAUGGCGAACCAUGCGUCUUACGGGAGAUUAAAUGCCGGAUUGAUAUCAGCCUGUCUAACUGGACUAGGACUCGCGUAUUACGCAUACGUAGUAGAAACCGCCAAGGAGAAAGACAAUUUGUACGAGGCAAUGUGCGACAUUAGCGAACAUGUGAGCUGCACUAAGGCAUUUAUGUCCAAAUACGGAAAAGGAUUUGGACUUAUUCCAAAGGAUUCUAUACUGUACGCUCCCAAUAGUAUCUACGGUCUUAUCUUUUAUUUCACGGUCUUAAUACUCAGUACUUUGAAUUAUUACUCGAGCACACUCGCAUUGUUAGCUUUAGGAAUACUUGCGAAUAUCAGUAGUGUUUACCUGGCUUGUAUUUUAUAUUUACUGAAUGACAUCUGCAUCGUGUGUGUGAGCAAUUACAUCGUUAACGCGAUUAUCUUGAUCCUUACUGUGAAGAAGCUUCGAAUUGUCUCACGAGGCGAGACGAGAAAGAAGAAGACGAAAUAAAUGCCUUGUAGAAUAAAUAUCAUUUAAUGCUGAAGUCAUAAUAUAAUAAACUGUACCGGAAUGCCCUUCUCAAGUGAA